AUGGCAAAUAAUCAGCAAACAUGGGGGCAAGUCGAUAAGACCAAGGCAAACUCGUUGGAAACGCCCUCGUCACCAGUGCCAACUCCGAAGUCUACAGAACCGCAACGGCCAUCAAUUUUCACGAAGAAAAAACCGACCGUCGCCUCCGUGGGCGACAGGCCACUUUUAAAGCCCUUCAACAACAAAUUUAUUGACUAUAAUAACCCAGGAAAGGAUAAUCUAGUUUCAGCGAAGCCGCGAAAGGGUGUUCCCAUUCACUCUCCUGGGUUUGGACACACGCUAUCGACUUCAUCCAAUAACCAGACUCAUCAGAGCGGGAUCCAAAGUGAUGGUGGGGACUCUACAAUAACUCAGCCUCAGACGACUAGCGAAACUGUAACAAGCACCAACGCAGCAAGUGAGAUUACUGAACACGAUGUAUACACCAUUCUGAGAAUCAAGCGCAAGCGCAAUGAAGAACCCUUGGAUACAUUGGUGGUCCAGGAACAGCUCGAGAAGUUAAAUGGGAAAAGGCGAAAAAGGCGCGGCGAUGAAGUGGAUGGUGAGGGUGAGAAAGCAGAGCCGGAUUUUCCAGCGCCAAAGAUAUCUCCGGCAGUGUUCAGACUGGCUACAACAGUCAACAAGGAGAGCUUUAAGGAUCCAACUCAGUCGAUUGAGCUUAGAGACAAGAUUACACAUCUAGCAGAGACAAUGCGACCAAGGUCUCGUCUGUCAGAUCGUCAUAUACCGGAGUUUGAAGAUCGUAUUCACGAGCGGAGGGGAGCUCUCGUGCAAGGGAAGAAGGAAGAGGUUCGGACUGCGCGCUACAGGGUGAUUAAUCAGAACAGGACGGGCCUAGGUAAACCGGAGCAGCUUCCGCCAGUAGUCAAGUCAUCUGUAGAGGUGGAAGCUGAGGCGGCAUUGGACAUGUUUAAGAUGUAUGAUGCUGUCAAAGAGGAGGACUCUUCAAGCAAGAAGGAGCUGUUGCGUGAAGCAGAGGAGUCCGAUAUUAUGUGCAACUUCCUACCCAUGGUGCGCGAAUACCUGACAAUUGCAGAGAACGUCCCGAAUCCAAAGAUCACAGUGGAGACAUGCAAAAACGCCGGAAGCCAAGACUCAGAGGAUGACUUCGUAUAUGAUAUCUACUAUCGAGAUUUGCAUGCGGGCCAUCAACAAGAGUCGACGCAUCGAGCUGUCGGAGCACUACUGUGGUUCAGCGAUGAUGAAAACAAUUUUAUGAACGAGGAUGAUUCAAGUGAGGACGACUAUGAAGAUUCUGACUCGAAUGCUGAGGACUACUACCAGAAUGACUAUCCGGAGGACGAGCUCAGUGAUGGGGACCAUGACUUAGAUGAGUUAUCAGGGACCGACGAUGGAUACUACGCGUAUUAA